CAACUCCGCUGCCUCCAAGUUGCGCGGCCGCUCACCCGCCAGCUCGGGGCUUCGGGCGGCUCGGCCGCGGCGGGCGGGCGGGCGGGGACCCUGGUGGCGGCCCCCGGCGGAGCGGGAGGGGGCAGGAUGACGGCGGAGGCGCGGGGAGCCCCCGGCGGCGGUUGAAGGCGGAGAAGGGGCGUGUGUGGAAGCGAGCGGCUGGGGAGCGGGGAGGGGAAGCUGCCUCCCCGGCCAGCUCGGCCCAGGGGCGAGCCCGGCCGAUGACAGCGGGCUCGGCGCGGACAGACGCAGGCGAGCCCGGCUGAAGGGGACGCGGAGCGAAGGAGGCGGGAGCGGGGCGAGCCCGGCCCGCUCGCCUGCCCUCCGGAGAGCGGCCGCCCGCUCCUCACUCUCCCCCCCGCGGGGCCGCGGGAAAGUUUGGCGGCCGCCCCCCCCCCCCGCCCUCCUCCCGCCGGGCGAAGUUGUCGUUGGGUUGGUUUGUUGGCGGUUUUGCUGUUGGUUUGUUUUGUCUUUUUUUUCCCCCCUCUUUUCCUCCACCUCCCCCCCCUUUCCGCUCCGCCGCCGGCUGCCGCUUUUCUUUCCUCCUCCUCCUCUCCCCCCCCCCCCCCGCCACUUCCCUCCGCACGGAGAGGAAACUCGGCGGGCGGCAGGAGCGGAGGAGCGCGGAGCCAGGAGCCUCGCCAGCAGCCCGGCCCCGCCGCCAGCCUUCGGGCAGCCACCGCUUGCCUCGGAAUCUUUGAGAUAUAUUUUUUUUUUUUGAAGUUUUUCCCCCUUUUUUUAAUUUUUUUUUUUUUGCCCGCCCGCCUCUCCCUCCGCUUUGAUAUAUGCUUCUGGAGAGCGACGUCCCCCCGCGCCGCCUCCCCGCCCCGCCAUGUCGGCGGCCAUCUCUGCCGCGGAGAAAGUGGAUGGCUUCACGCGGAAAUCCGUGCGCAAGGCUCAGAGGCAGAAGCGCUCGCAGGGCUCCUCGCAGUUCCGCAGCCAGGGCAGCCAGGUGGAGCUCUCGCCGCUGCCCCAGCUCAAAGAUGCCACCUUCAAUGAACAGCAAGAUCUUUUUUGUCAGAAGUUGCAACAGUGUUGCGUACUCUUUGACUUCAUGGACUCUGUUUCAGACCUGAAAAGCAAAGAAAUUAAGAGAGCAACACUGAAUGAACUGGUGGAAUAUGUCUCAACAAAUCGUGGAGUGAUUGUUGAAUCAGCUUAUGCUGACAUAGUGAAAAUGAUUAGUUCUAAUAUUUUUAGAACACUUCCACCUAGUGAUAACCCGGAUUUUGAUCCAGAAGAAGAUGAACCAACUCUUGAAGCCUCAUGGCCCCACAUACAGUUGGUGUAUGAGUUUUUCCUGAGGUUUUUGGAGAGCCCGGAUUUUCAGCCUAGCAUUGCAAAGCGAUAUAUUGACCAGAAAUUUGUACAGCAGUUGUUGGAGCUCUUUGAUAGUGAAGACCCACGAGAACGUGAUUUCCUAAAGACAGUUCUUCAUCGAAUUUACGGAAAAUUCCUUGGUUUAAGAGCAUUCAUCAGGAAACAGAUUAACAACAUUUUCCUCAGGUUUAUAUAUGAAACGGAGCACUUCAAUGGUGUUGCUGAACUUCUUGAGAUAUUAGGAAGUAUUAUCAAUGGUUUUGCACUGCCACUGAAAGCAGAACACAAACAGUUCCUUAUGAAAGUUCUGAUUCCCAUGCAUACUGCAAAGGGAUUAGCUUUGUUUCACGCACAGCUCGCCUAUUGUGUUGUACAGUUCCUGGAAAAAGAUACAACUUUAACAGAGCCUGUAAUCAGAGGAUUGCUCAAAUUCUGGCCAAAAACUUGCAGUCAGAAAGAGGUCAUGUUUUUAGGUGAAAUUGAAGAAAUCUUAGACGUAAUAGAACCGACACAAUUCAAAAAAAUAGAAGAGCCUUUAUUUAAGCAAAUAUCCAAGUGUGUGUCAAGUUCACAUUUUCAGGUUGCAGAAAGAGCUUUGUACUUCUGGAAUAAUGAAUAUAUUCUUAGCCUCAUUGAGGAGAACAUUGAUAAAAUUCUACCAAUUAUGUUUGGCAGUUUAUACAAGAUCUCCAAAGAGCACUGGAAUCCAACUAUUGUGGCACUGGUGUAUAACGUGCUGAAAACCCUGAUGGAAAUGAACGGCAAGCUUUUUGAUGAACUUACAAGCUCAUAUAAAGCAGAAAGGCAAAGAGAGAAAAAGAGAGAAUUGGAACGUGAAGAGUUGUGGAGAAAGCUAGAGGAGUUAAAGCUAAAGAAGGCAAUGGCAGAAAAGCAGAACAGCACUCACAGUGUGCUAAACACACACAAUACAAGUGCCAAAUAAAAGAAAUUACCACCUCUGCUUGGCAGACAUACUUUUUUGUACCCUUUUGAAAUAUAUAGAUUUGCAAAAGAAACCUCAUCAGUAUAAUAGAAGCAGCCAAUUUUUUUCUCUGGCAAAUGUAAAGAUAUGAAUUUAAAUACAGCAGUUAAGUGAUGUCAUUACCACAGCAUAUUGUAAAUUUGUCUAAUUAUUGAUAUACUGUCACUUCCAACGUUUCAUAGAACUGAAUUAUCAUCCUUAAUGAGUGAAAUAAUUAUGGGAGUGGUGAGAAUUAAUGACUUGAAUUUUUGAUUGUGUUGCACAUAGGUGGUAUAGUUUGCUAUGUACAUUUUUUUUCCUUGUUUUAUAUGUGCUUUUCACAUUGCUGCAAACUUUGGUUAAGAUGAUAGAAAAGGCUUCUAGUUGUGCUGUAUUUUCUCAAAUAAAACCAAGGUAUGUUACCGGUAACUUGAGAUACUCAGUAUGUGCCCCUCACAGCACUGAAAGGAACUUGGAUAUGGGGCUGUCCUUGAAUUCCUGAUUGGAUUCAGAUUUAGAUUUAUAUUAUGCUCACAUUAGAAUGAAGCAAAGUAGGGAGAGAAAGUCAGCUUGAACAGGUUGGGAUGGUCCAUGGGUCUGACCUGCCGCUUGGUGGGUGUCUCUACCCCAUUCUGGCUGCCUCUUGGUCCUGGGCUACUAAGAGAUUUCCUCCUGCUACAGCUGAGGAUGGAGCUUCCUCCAGAGAGCCCAUCAAUGAUGCUCCUCAUGAGCCUAAGGACUCCCUGCAGAGUAGUUGAGGUCUCCUAGAGACUACCUUGAGUGUUUCUGCAUUAGUUUUAGCAUCUCAUGGACUGAAGAAUGAGACCAAAAUUGGGGUUACUUUUUUUUAGUAAGGAGGAAAGCAUGUCAAUAAGUAGUUCCUUGUUUUAUUUAAAGAAAAUGCAGUCUGUUUCUUAAGGGUGGAAAGCUGACAAUAGAAGUCUUGUCUGUUUACUUGAUCAAGUAUUUUUCACAUCCUUUAUCAGAGUACCAUUCCAAUCUCUUAAACUGCAGUUGUGUGGAAAACUUUUGUAAUGAAAGAUCUUUGGGGAAUUGAGCAGCAUUCAAUAAAGUCUUUAUGUUUGUA